AGAAGGAGAAGGAGAAGGAGAAGAAGGAGAAGAUUAUUGCCACUCAAGGCUAGGUUAUGUAGUGACAUACUAUGUAUGGCAUAGUACAUGUAGGUGAGAGUCCUAGACUGACAAUUGCCCAAACCAUGUAGCGUUCCAGGUUCUUAAACCAUUCCACAACCCUAACUCUGCCUCUGGAGGAUUGACACCAGUUUGAGGCCAUACUAAAUUAUGUAGUGGUUUCCAGUAUAGUUUAGACUACGGAGUAAGAUAUUUUCUCAAAACAAAACAAAACAAAACAAAACAAAACAAAACAAAACAAAACCUAACUCAACCCAACCCAACCCAACCCAACCCAAACCACCACCACCACUAACACUAAACAAGUUUGAUUCCAGGGUGGUGGGCAGGUUUCUUCUCCCUAGACUGAGUCAGGUGACCCAAAAGGCUUCACUUACCUCUGCCCUUCUGCUCUUUCUCCUUGUUUAGAGAACUGAACCCUUGGCUUCACACAUGGCUAUAUACUGAGCAAUAUUCCCAGUCUACUCUGUUUGCUUUUGGUGUAUUGAGCCUGGGUUUGGCUACAUAGCCCAGGCUGGCCUUUAAUUCACUACAUAGCCCACGCUGGCCGUGAGUGGCACUCUUUCUGCCUCAGCCUUCUAAAUGGCAGAGUAAUAUGUGUUCUCUGAUCACUUCUCCUUCUCCUUUUCUUUCUCCUUCUCCUUCUCCUCCUUCUCCUUCUCCUCCUUUCUUUCUCCUUCUCCUUCUGAUUCCCUCUCUCCUUCUGAUUCUCCUUCUCCUUUCUCUUCCCCUCCUCCUUUUCCUCCUUUUUUUCUCCUCUUCCUCUUCUUCUGCUGCUUCUUCCUUCCCCUUUUUUCUUUCUAUCUUUGUGUCUUUUUUUUUUUUUUGAGUGGGGUGUUUUUUUUUUCAAGACAGGGUCUCACUAUGAAUGCUAGCUGUUUUGGAACUCACUAUACACACCAGGCUGGCCUUGAACUCAUGUACCAGAUUCUGCCUCCCGAGUGCUGGGAUUAAAGGUGUGCACCGCUACACCUGGCUGAGACCUCGUUUUUGUGAGGGUUUAGUUACUCUUACUGUUCUCUCUUGGAAUGCACCAAAAAUAGCUACAGUAUUUGUGGUUGAAAUAUGGUGUCUCAAUCUACAGAGAGCAAGGAUCAAUUAAACAUUUUAAUUUGCUACCUAUUUUCUUUACAGUGUGUUUGGGAGGCUGUUCACAUGCCAUGGAGUAUGUGGAGGCCAGAAGACAAUCUAUGGAAAUCGUUUUUUCCACAGUGCAGGCAUCUAACUUAGUAACACAGACUUGGCUGAGCCAUCCAGCAUGGCCCAAGUUAACAUUUUAAUGGCGAUUAUACGCUUAGCCUUGCCUACUGAGAAUGUCUCUCAAACCAAGGUGGUCGGAGAAAACGAUCACGGAAGAAAAAGUUCUGAAGGAGCAUCUGGAAUGUGGCUGCUCAGUAGUGGAACACGGAGGGCAACUGAUGUCUCCUAGGUGACAAAAGAAGCCCAAGAAAGAGAGCGAUGUUAAGGGGGAAGGGGCUGUGUGGAAAACCCUCAGACUGAGUCACAAGGGCUCAGACACCAGACAAUUCAUGAUUUUGCCAAGAGCCUUGGGAGCCUAGUGCGGUCAUGAAAUCCUGCCAUUCAAGUAUGGAGGAAGGGCAAGUCAGGGCAGCCUGUGCUUUGGGCUGUUCUGAUACAUAUGUAGUAUUUGCCAUGUAGAAACACACAGACUUAGAGCAAAGGGUUUGACCUCUUGCUAGAACACAGACCCCACCUGUGCAAAAAGUAUGAAAUACAAACAACUCCCGUUGUCAUUGAGUUAGUAUCCUGGAGGAAGUUGGCCCUUGCAUCUCAGAAGUCACUGUGGAGACGGUUACAGGGUUGGGGGGAUGGGCCUUCUCUGAUGUUCUCUAUGCCUCAAACCUUUCUGAUUAGAAGAUGGCUUGAUAUUUAGGGAUGAUUAAAUAGUGACAGAUUAUUUUAAAGCCCUCGAGCAUCUGUUCCUGCCUUCAGACUGUCUGUUUCUUUAUCAAAGAAAAACAAGGAGACCCUGAACUUCCAGGGCUUAGUUGAUUUCCCACCACCUUUGCUCUGUGCUCUUUGGAGACUAGCAAUGCUGGAAGAGUCUCCCGGAGUGGGGCUGGCCUUAGUAACACUGCCCCAAUGUGUUUGUGACAUCACUUUAUUUUCGUAGUGGUGAGAGUCUGUGCCUUCGUUCACUGUUGACUUCUCGAGGAGCCGCGCACACCGAGAGACUCCUUUCUAAGCAACUCAAGUUUGCGGUGAUUCAGUUCAGGCCUUCUGAAGAGACAGCCUCUUAAGUUUAUGAGUGACUCAGAUAACCAGCUUCGAUUAUCUUAAGCCUGAAAGGAGAGGUGGAAUUAAAACACGAAGGCGGUCAGCAGGAACUAAUCUUAAGGUUAUUGGAAGACUGAAAGCGAGGCAGCUUAAUCUUUGAGACCACUGAGCAAAUCUGAGCUGAUGUGUGUCAAGAAAGUACAGAGUUCGAGGAUCAAGACCUGGGUGACCCAAGGAGGUAUGAUCCAGAUUUCCAGGGACCUACUACGAAGAGGAGUUCUACGGACGUUAUGUGCUGUAUGAUCUUCGUGCUGUUUAUUAUGGGCUACAUCCUGUUAGGACUCUUGGCUUGGGUACAUGGUGACCCCAGGAAAAUGGCCUAUCCUACAGACAGCCAGGGACAAUUCUGUGGCCAGAAGGGAACCCCCAAUGAGAACAAGACAGUUCUGUUUUACUUUAACAUAUUUAGAUGUACCGGCACAUCCAUGAUGCUUCGCCUACAGUGCUCUACUACACAGAUCUGCGUCUCCAGGUGCCCAGAGAGAUUCCUGACCUACGUGGAUAUGCAAAUUUUGAACAAAGAAGACAAAAACUACUGGGAAUACUAUCGGCAGUUCUGCAAGGCCCAGGCCAGGCCUGUGGAGACUCUCGCAGAUCUUCUGUCCAGUGGUGACUGUCCUCUAGCAGUGUACCCAAGCAGACCUUUUCUGCAGAGGUGUGUCCCUGACUUUUCAGCCAUCAAUGGUAACUUGACUUUAGGAAGCAGGAUGCACUUUGAAGAUGGAGGUGGGCAGAAGAGGACCGUGGUAGAACUCAGGGAGGCGGCGAGUGGCAUUAGUGACGUGAUUGACGCCCGGGCAAUUGGGCUGAAGGUGCUUGAAGACUAUUCGACAUCGUGGAAGUGGAUUCUCAUCGGCCUGACUAUUGCCAUGGCGCUGAGCUGGACGUUUUUGGUACUCCUGAGGUUCACAGCUGGAUUCCUCUUCUGGUUCUUCAUAUUCGGUGUGCUUGGAAUUAUAGGAUACGGAAUAUGGUACUGUUUUCUGGAGUACAACAGCAUUCAGCAGAAACCACAGUCCGCGAUCUGGAUGUACGGCAUCGGGAUUCAGACGAGGCUGAACAUGUUCUUUCACUUGAAGGAGACCUGGUUUUCUAUGAUGAUCAUCUUGUCAGCCAUUGAAGUCGUCAUCAUCAUUGUGCUGAUCUUCCUCAGAACUCGGAUCCAAGUGGCCAUUAUCCUGCUAAAGGAAGGAAGCAAAGCCAUUGGCUACCUUCCCAGUGCGUUAGUCUACCCAUUUUUAACCUUCAUCUUGCUAUCAAUUUGCAUUUCCUACUGGGCUGUGACAGCUGUUUUCUUGGCUACAUCAGGGGUACCAAUAUUCAAAGUUAUGGUCCCAGAGGGGGAAUGUAUACAUGAAGAUGAAGCUUGUGACCCAGAGAUUUUUCCUAACACUGACAUCCCCAAAGCCUGCCCCGGAGCAUCGUGUAACUUUGCUUUCUAUGGAGGAAGGAGCAUGUACCACAACUACAUCGCGACCUUCCAGCUCUACAACCUCUUUGCCUUCCUUUGGCUCAUAAACUUUGUCAUUGCCUUGGGUCAGUGUGCCCUUGCUGGUGCCUUUGCUUCAUAUUACUGGGCCAUGAGAAAACCUGAAGACAUCCCGCGGUACCCCCUCUUCACUGCGUUUGGGCGAGCAGUACGAUACCACACGGGGUCUCUAGCCUUUGGAUCUUUGAUCCUUGCCUUCGUUCAGAUGUUUAAAGUGAUCGUAGAAUACCUGGACAGGCGACUUAAAAAGGCUCAGAACAGUGCUGCUCAGUUCCUGCACUGCUGCCUACGGUGCUGUUUCUGGUGUUUAGAAAAGAUGGUGAAGUUUUUAAACAGAAAUGCCUACAUCAUGAUUGCAUUAUAUGGCAAAAACUUCUGUGAGUCCACAAGGGAUGCUUUCUAUCUGCUCAUGAGAAACAUUCUAAAAGUCAAAGUUACAGAUGAAGUCACCUACUUUGUAUUACUCCUGGGGAAAGUCCUAGUUUCUGGGAUUGUAGGUGUCUUGGCCUUCCUGCUCUUCACAGAGAGACUACACGAAAUCGUAGAGGGACCAACGAGUUUAAAUUACUACUGGGUCCCCUUCCUGACUCUUGUGUUUGGAUCUUACCUGAUUGCUCAUGGGUUCUUCAGCGUCUAUUCGAUGUGUGUUGAGACCAUUUUCAUCUGCUUCUGUGAAGAUCUGGAGAGGAAUGAUGGGUCUGCAGAGAAACCUUACUUUGUAACACCCAGCCUGCACAGCAUUCUGACCAAGAAGCGCCCGGUUCCCCAGAGAUAGAGUAGACAGCUCCGGGCAGGAACUUCGUGAAUUAGGUUAACUGCGAUGCAAAAAUAUGCUUUAGAGCAGUGGGCGAGUAUUUCUGCUGUUUCCGAAAGGGUGCACUGGGUACCCUGUCUGAGGGUCAGGCAUUCGACGGUGGCCUAGUUUACUUUAUAGACGGUGGUCCCGAGCGCAAACGCCUGUAAGCCGACAAUGUUUUAAUGACUUUUAUACCUUUGCUAGCCUUUCUUUUUUACAAGUGUGUAUUUGUAAAGGGUAUUCAGGCAGGUUUUUUUCCUACAACACUAUAAAUGUGUGAGCAAUUAGCCAUAAAAAUACCGAGUUGUAGUUGACCAGCAUAUGGUACUGGAUUUGUAAAUGUGCUGCUCUGGUUGUAGUUUCUGUUUAAGCUGGUGAACAGCUCUCUAAAACUGUGAUCCAACUUGUACUCACGAUUUCCUAGAAAGCCUAUUUCAAAUGGGUGAGUUAGUCCGCGACAAACUGGAGAGGGGCAGGCCCCGUGGGCUCAGCGCUAACGCUGCCGCUGCCGCAAAGUGAGCCUGGAGCCUCACUUCUCUGUUUUAGUGAAAUGAGACUCUGAGUGUUGGGGUAUCCUCUCCACGGCCGUAAACCUCAGGCCACCUGAGCAGGGCGGAAAUGGCUACCUCCCUCAUCUCUUGCCUCCCCUGAGCUUCCGAUCACAGCCAUGUAGAAGGCCCGUGGACUCUCCUCUUCGUGGGUACACCCCUGUGCGAGGUCAAAGUUCAACUCUCAGAGAGGGAGCAAAGCGGAUGAGUCUGUUCAGACCAGUGGCCUCCUAUCAGGUACCACGUCUGGUGCUUCCCUGGGCUAUGUAUGUUUCAGGUCAAGAGUUCCGCCAGCACCACAGCCCCAGGGCUUAGAAUGGGAGCUGGUUUGUUGUGGCCACGCCUCAAUCUCAUGCGGUGCAGAAAAGUGUGAAUUGAACCCGUAGGUGUUGCAUGCUAUCCCCUGUGUGUAGACACGGGCCACCUGGCUAGGUAUAAAAACCCCUCCCCAGGGCACAGGAUUAACCGGUGCCCUUUUGGUUUUGACACUAAACCAUGUAUGUCAGAUCGUCUAUUAAUACUGUAAUGUGUGGCUACCAAUACGGUCCACACACUUGAGAGUCGGAAAUAUAUCCUUGUGCUAUAAGUUAAUAUGAAUGCUAAUUUACUUAUCCUGAAGUGUGUGAACCUAGAUUUAGAAUGGUUGAAUGCCAACUUCCUACACAGAACCAAUAAUUCCAGAAGGUUUUUGAAGUAUUAUUGGUCCACACGGCAGACACCCCACCUUGUUCUUGGCUUACUAUAUUGAGAUUAUCAGUCCCAAAUGUCACCUGUCAUUUUUUAUUCCUUGAUAACAGAGAAAAGCAAUCACUUAUGUAUUUUUUCUUGUAUUUUAGUAGUAUUUUAUUUACAACCAUGCAAGGACCUCAACAAAAAACUGUGACAGUGGUGACGUUAGUGAGCCUGUAUCUGCAGGUGUCCACCCCCACGAGCUUGUGUGAGGAUGAGGACCAUGACAAACCCUCUGGUUGAUUCAGAUACAUAUGAAAACUGUGGGGUUGGCUAUAAGUCAGAUAUAAGAAAUUAGCUGUCUGGUUUGCUGUGUUAUGGUAUAUUCCCACUCAGAAAAACAUAGUCUCCGUUUGUUAAUUCUGUAAUUACAACGCGUAGAGUAAAAGAAUGAAUGUUGUUUUGUAGAAGAGUUUUAGAAGCCAUUUUUCUUACACAGCAAUUAAAGUUUUAAAACACAGAGCAAUAUUUCCAGAACUGUUUAUGGAAGGGUUUGAGAUUACACACAAAGAUCUCUUUGUCAAGGCUUUACAAUCUAAAUUGCCAUUGGCAAAACAAAGGCAAUUUGGAAAUAGAUAUUGUAAUUUAGAAAGUAAAUUUGGAUGGGGAGUAAAUGUUAUUUCCUCAGUCAUUCCAUGGAAAUGCUUGAACCGUCGCCAGAACUGACCUGGGACACAGAAUGAAAUGAUAUCUCAUCGAUGUACUAAUAAGGGCUGAUUGUUUUCUCAUAGCUGUUUACAAGGAUGCUGAUGCCGUCUAAAACGACGCUUGGCGUUGCUGUGCAGCGGGUGGACAGCAGGUGGCGAUGUUGCUCCUCCCACCGCUUCGCUGCUCUAUUGACUGUGCCCUCCUCCCUCCUAGUGGAAGACCUAGAAACAAACGAAGGCUCUCCUUCAAGACCCUAUUUCGUGACUCCUACUCUAAUGAACGUUUUGGUGGAGCGGGACAAGAUCAAGAAGCAGUAGGAGAGCCAGCUGGGCAUCCUGCCGCCUGUGUCGCCUCCCACACUAUCCGUCCAACACACCUUCCGUAGUGCUUUGGUUGGGGACAUUCGUAUCCCCGCCUUGCUGGCUUGUGUUUGCAUCUUAUACCAAAGCCCACGCUGUAGCCCGUGAAGCCAUCAGAAGUCACAAGGGAAUUGCUAAUUACAUGCAACAUUUUUAUACUAA